UGCCAUCCUUAGGGCUGCCGCCGCCGCCCGUGUGUCGGGUGAGGAGCUGAGGCGGGCCGAGGGCUCAGGGAGCGUAAGCCGGGCCGAGCCAGCCCCUUCCUCGUGGCCCAGCCCCAACACCUCCAGCAGCAGCACCAGCCCUCCUCCUCUCCGUCUCCCGCAGGAUCGGUGACCGCGGAGCUAAUGGGGAAGUACUUCCUGACCCUGAGCGUCCUCAAGGGGCCCUGGGACCAAGUCUUCGCCGCCUUCUGGCAGCGCUAUCCCAAUCCCUACAGUAAACAUGUCCUGACAGAAGAUAUUUUGCACCGAGAGGUGACAGAAGACCAGAAGCUGCUUUCCAGGCGGCUCCUAACCAAGACCAAUAGGAUGCCCCGCUGGGCAGAGCGCUUCUUUCCAUCCAAUGUCGGCCAUUCUGUCUACAUCCUUGAAGAUUCCAUUGUGGACCCAAAGAACCGAACCAUGACCACGUUCACCUGGAAUAUCAAUCAUGCACGUCUUAUGGUGGUGGAGGAGCGGUGUGUUUACAGUGAGAACCCAGAAAACAGUAGCUGGACAGAAGUCAAGCGGGAAGCUUGGGUCUCCUCCAGUCUGUUUGGUGUCUCCCGUGCUGUCCAGGAGUUUGGCUUGGCCAGGUUCAAGAGCAACGUGACCAAGAGCACCAAAGGGUUUGAGCAUGUGCUGGCCAAAAUGCAAGGUGAAGCACCAUCUAAAACACUGGUGGAGACGGCAAAGGAAGCCACCGAGAAAGCCAAGGAGACUGCCUUGGCUGCCACCGAAAAAGCAAAGGACUUGGCUAGCAAGGCAGCUACUAAAAAGAAGCAACAGUAUGUGUGAAGAAACAGUUUUUCCUGCUGUGGAACUGGAGUGCUUCCGGCACACUGCAGCAUAGUAAUACUGGAAGGCUCACCUGUACCCAUGCUUCUCUUCCCCUGGAAGACAAGCGCUGACCAGUGUGUCUAGGUUUUAUGUUUUUUAAAAAAUCGAAACUGUACAAAUUUGACAAUCAUCUUCUUUCUAAAAGGUGUAAUUAUCAUUAAAGGAGUAGACUUCCAUUCAA